UACAAAUAUCACCUUCCUGGUUAUCCUGUUUGUUUCUCUCCAACGUGUCUCCGACAACAACGUCGCUUUAUAUUCUAGAAUAAUUUGCUGCUUUACAAAACAACUCUGGAAUACUUAGGAACUCUCUAUGUCGGUCAAUUAUGCUGCUGGACUGUCCCAAUAUGCGAAUAAAGGAAAAUGUGGAAUUCCAGAAAAGUUCGAUACCGAUGCUGAAGUGGAAGAGAAAAUCUUACAACUUACCACGUUGAUACGAGAAAGCAAGCAUGUUGUAUUCCAUACUGGUGCCGGUAUUAGUACAUCUGCUGGCAUUCCAGACUUCAGGGGACCUAAAGGAGUCUGGACACUGGAAAUGCGUGGAGAGGAACCUAAAGUUGAUAUAACAUUCGAAAGUGCCAAACCAACUCUAACACACAUGGCCCUGGUGGCUCUUGAGAAAGCUGGCUUUGUCCAUUUUGUGAUCAGCCAGAAUAUUGAUGGUCUGCAUUUACGUUCAGGGUUUCCACGCAAUCGACUUGCUGAGCUUCAUGGUAAUAUGUUCGUUGAGGAAUGCGAUAAAUGUUAUAUCCAGUACAUCAGUGAGUCGUCAGUACCAACAAUGGGUUUGAAACAUACAGGUGAUUAUUGUUUACAGAUGAAAAUGAGAGGAAUUUGCAGGGGCCAAUUGACUGACACAAUAUUGGACUGGGAAGAUAAUUUACCUGAAGAUGAUCUCGAAACUGCCAACACGGAAGCAAAACUUGCAGAUUUGAGCGUUUGUCUUGGCACCUCCUUACAGAUUAAACCAAGUGGACGUAUCCCUGUUUUAACAAAGAAAAACGGAGGUAAACUCAUUCUCGUUAACCUACAGCCAACGCCACUCGAUCGUCUUUGUGACUUACGCAUCAAUGCAUAUGUCGACAGAGUGAUGAAGGGAGUCUGCCAGCUACUCGAUGUUGACAUACCAGAGUACUCCGGCUUCUCUUUCGUUCUGAAGUCUGUAAAUACGAAACCGAGAGAGAAAUGUCCGAGGAUGUUGUUGAAGCGUAAGAAAUCCAGACGAGACGUGUAUCGCGAGAAACUCGCCAAUUCUGCAAAAGCUGAGUCUACAGAUGCAGUCAAGUGUGAGAAGACGGAAACUGAAGACUCCGAAGAUCCAGUGCCUAUAGCUAUCAAAACAGAAGAGGAUAAGAAAGACGUGGUGCAGUUGACAGAGGACGAUCCAGAUUUGACUGAUACUGAAGAUUCAAAUGAAAACUGCAUUCCACCUGUAAAUAAACGACUCGCUACCCUCAUUUCAAAUGAAGGAACUAAUGAAGAAGAGGAGUGUGAGCAAUUAGAAAGUCCUCCUAAGAAAAUAUUGAAGAAGUCUCUCUUUUUUGUUAUUUGAAAUGAUAAUUAACUCAUUCUUGAAAAAGAUUUACCACACACGCAAAGAAAGAAAAAAAACCCAAGUCAAUUGUUAAUUUAGAGUGGUGGCCUACAUCACUAUGGAAGAAGUGAAAUGGAAAAAACCAAUGUAGAAGUGUUGGUGUUUCUGGUGGUUGACAUAGAAUGAAAAAAAAAAAU